GGGGCCGCCGGGGCUGGUGCACGGGUAAAGGAGCCGAGGGAGGGUCAGCGCGGGGGCUCUGCGGCCCUCGGUACCGGGGGGUGGCUGGAGGAGAGGAAGAGGAGAAGAGAGGAGAGGAGAGGAGAGGAAGGGAAGAGGAAGAGGAGAAGAGAAGAGAGGAGAGGAGAGGAGAGGAAGGGAAGAGGAGAAGAGAAGAGAGAAAGGGAAGAGGAAGAGGAGAAGGGAAGGGAAGAGAAGAGAAGGGAAGGGAAGAGAAAGGAAGAGAAGAAGGCCUGGGGGGCUCCUCAUUAUGGGGUGUAGCGACAGGCAAGGGGGAAAGGCUUUAAACUGAAAGAGGGAAGACUUUAGGUUAGACAUAAGGGAGAAAUUCGUCGCUCAGAGGGUGGUGAGGCCCUGCUGCGGGCUGCCCAGAGGAGCUGGGGGUGCUGGAUGGGGCUGGGGGCUGUAAGCAAGCGGUCCGUAAGGUCCCCUCCAGCCCACACCACUCCAUGCUGGAGGGGACCUGCUGGUGGCUCGGGGUUGGGGUCCCCCCAGCCUGCUGCCCUAGCUUGAAGCAGUCCAGCCACCCCGCCUGGUGAGCAGCGCUGCUGAUGCGCCCUGCACAGCACGCAUACAAUCAUAGAAUAUCUUCUCGUGGUCCUGGCCACCCCAAGGAGGUGCCGUAGGGGUGAGACAACACUGAUGAAGCACCAGCAGGGCCUCAGCUGCAAGGUACAGCAGAAAGGAACCAUUUGAUAACCGGGCUGAAGAAAGUGUGAGGGGUCAGCGGUGCCAAAAGCAAGAGGCAGACAAGUAAUAGGGUAAUUAGUGUAAGAGGCUUUGCUGAUUGUAUGUAAAGCCCUUAAUAAUUUAGGCCUUUGAAUGACUGCCUUUUCCCCUCUGCCUCUGCAACACAGCAGGGAAAAAUGAGGAGGUGUGAAGAUGGCCUGGAGCCCGCAGGGGUGGGCAUCUCGAUGAGGAGCCAGCUCUUUUCUCAGCCCCCUUCCUGGUGGCACUUUGGGGAGGAGGUGAUGGUGGGGCAGAGCAGGCGGCACCCAAGCUUCUCCCAUCGGAGCGGGACCCCUGGGUGGUGUCUUCACUCAUGGUGACCCUUGGGAGCUCAGGCGGCAGGGAUGGAGGCAUCACGUCGCUCACCCCAUGGCAAGAGGGAGGGUGGGAGCCCCCAAAACGCUGCUCAGGGUCAGAAACGUGUGCGAGCACUGCUCUGCUAACAAAAGCAUUAAAGGUACCAGGUGCUUAACCCGUGUGAGCCUGUGGACUUAACGCUCCUCGCCAUCCCCCUGACCUCAGGGUGAAACAUCCUUCUGCUCAGGCCAGCUCCUGUCUGCCCGUGUCUCUCCCCUGCCUUCUGUGGGACCCAGUUCCCGCUGCCUGGGCCAGGCCGUGCUGCACGGCUGAAAUCCUGGGCCCAGAUACACGUUUCCAGCCUGACCGCAGAAGAUCUGUUCCCGUCUCUUGUAUCCUCACCACCUCUUUUGUAAAAGCUUUAGGCAGUUCUCUGCCCAAGCACCGCCUGCGCUCCCAGGGCUGCCUCUGCUGAUGCUAAUUGUAUCUGCAUGGAAAAAAGCUUGUCUUUUCAGCCCAGAAAAUGGGAGGUGAAGCCCUCUGACUUGGGCAGCACAGCCCCUGGGGUCUGUCUAGAGGGAUGCAAUGCUGUUUUCUCUCUUGCGACACAAAAAUUGAGACUGAAGCGUCCACUUCUCACAGACCCCAUGAUAUCCUGUGGCUGGGGCGUCCCGCCCCCCAUGUCCCCGUCCGCCAGGCUCCCAUUUUUUCCCGUCCAAGCCAGCAGUCACCAUGGUGACAAGUGGCAAUGACGGCACUUUGCCAUGGACCACAGUGACCCCGUGGGCUUUUCAGAGGAGGGGCUGCGGGGCUGGCUUCCAGCCGCGUGCGGGGCACGGGGGCCUCCACCUCCCGGGGUCCUGAGCAAAGACUUUGGCCCCGUUGCCCAGCUCAGGGGGCGGCUGCGAGCCCUUGGCACUUGGACCUUGGACCGCGGGCGGCUCGCUGGGCUGUAAACAAGCCGCAGCGAGGAGGUGGCUCUGCUGAAGCCUUUGAAAACUGCAGGGGCUGCCCGGAGGUGCUCGGCAGGGGCCGCAGCCAUGCGCGUCGCCGUCAUCGGGGCUGGGGUGAUCGGCCUCUCCACCGCCUUGUGCAUCCACGAGCGCUUCCACCCCCUGGUGCCCUGCCUGCAGCUGGAGGUCUACGCGGACCGCUUCACGCCGCACACCACCAGCGACGGGGCGGCGGGCCUGUGGCAGCCCUACCUGAGCGACCACGGCGAGCUGCAGGAGACGCUGUGGAACAAGGAGACCUUCGAUCACCUGCUGGGGUACCUCGGCUCGCCGGACGCGAAGGAGAUGGGGCUUUUCCCGAUUUCUGGCUACAACCUGUUUACACGGCCCGUCCCGGACCCGUCCUGGAAGAACAUUGUCCUGGGAUUCAGGAACCUGACACCGAAAGAGCUCGAACUCUUCCCUGGUUAUAGCUACGGCUGGUUCAACACAGCGCUGAUGCUGGAGUGCAGGAGCUACCUGCCCUGGCUCACCAACAGGCUAGCGCAGAGAGGAGUGAAGUUUUUCCACAAGAAGGUCGGCUCCUUCCAGGAGAUGUUUGCCCAGGGCGUGGACGUGGUCAUCAACUGCACCGGGGUUCGUGCCGGGGAGCUGCAGCCAGACCCGGCGUUGCAGCCCGCCCGCGGGCAGGUCCUAAAGGUCCAGGCCCCGUGGGUGAAGCACUUCAUCAUCACUCACGACAUGGACUCCGGGAUCUACAACUCGCCGUACGUCAUACCGGGGAGUGAGCUCACCGUCUUGGGUGGGAUAUUCCAGCAAGGCAACUGGAACGAAGAGAACAGCGCCCAGGACCACAAAACCAUCUGGGAGAAGUGCUGCAAGCUGCUGCCCACGCUCCAGAAAGCAAAGAUCGUGGAGGAGUGGAGCGGCCUGAGACCGGCGCGCCCCAGAGUCCGCCUGGAGAGGGAGACCCUCCGCCACGGGCACUCGCAGGCAGAGGUGAUACACAACUACGGGCACGGCGGCUUCGGGAUCACCAUCCACUGGGGCUGCGCCAUGGCAGCGGCCAGGCUGUUGGGGAGCAUCCUGCAGGAGAAGCAGCUGGCCAGGCCGCCCCAGUCCCACCUGUGAGUUGCUGCCUGCUCAGCCGGGAUUAUCGUGACAGCAGUAGCUUAGAAAUCACAGCAGAAAGAUGCAAAUAAGGUGGUGAUGCACACGUGGGCUGCUCGACCCUCCUGCCAGCUUUGCCGCUGCUUCCCGGUGUCUCGUUUUCGGGCUGCUGCCAGUUCUGUCGCUGCCAUUAGCCAGAUGGCUGAAUUUCCUCCGCCGUGGCCUCGCACAACCUACCUAAAGGAAGUGCUUUAAAACACGGACUAAUUAUCUGUGGCAAAGUGCACGUCUGUCCCGGGGAUCAGUCUGCAAAGGGCAGGCAGGGUUCGGCUGAAAUCCCGGCAGUCCUGCCGUUCGUCUGCGCGACGGGACGGGAUCUGAAACCGAGCCGGUGCCACCCGAGGUCUUCACCGACUGCCCAGACACCCAGCGCCUAAUUAGAUUUGCAGGCUCCCCCCGGGAGGCCAAAGCUCCUUAGUAGGAAGAAGCUCUGGAGCUCCCAGGGAAGUGACAACCGCUCUAAAGGCACGUGCUCCGGCCACAACAGCUUUCCUUACGCUCAUGCCAGGACCAAGCACGGGUCUACGGCACCUGGUUAGUGUAGCUGGCAAUAGACAAGCAGCAGUUACCUAAAAUGGGCUUUCCAGAUGAUGUUUUUAGUAACAAAAGCAACAUGUUCCAGCCCCGUGUGCUUGCCAGGUUCUAUAUAUAGCAGAGAGCAUACGCAAAAUAGCCGUUCUUGUCCCUAAAACUCCCACGGGCCCUUCGGUUCCUCGUCUCCUUCGGCCGUGAGACGGGGCUGGAGCAGCAGCGCUGCGGCCGGGGGGGCUGGCGCUGGGGGCACCUCUCCGAAGGUUCGGCCCCGCCAGUUUUCCCGUGCCGUGUGCCUUUCCUGCUCUGAAGACUUCCCAAAGAGAAAGGGUCGAGCAGCAUUAGUCUCAAACCCAAAGGCAGGCGGUGGCCCCACGCCCAGCACGCGGUGCCUGCCUCGCUCUCCUCUGCAGCCCAGCCGGCUCCUUUCUGCUGCAGCUCCUCUCCCCCUGGAUGCCAGAAAUAGCCUGGCUGGGGAUGUACGAGGCAGCUGCUGCUAGUGAAUGAGAGAGGCGGCCGUGCAGCCGGGCUCGCCUCGCCUCCUGGGGCCCUGGAUUUGAAGCAGCCCGUGGGAAGGGCACGCUUUGUGGCUGCAGCCCGGGCACAGCUGCGCCCUGCCGAAGGACCCGACUCCCGAUGAGCUGCUUCAGGUUCCCCAAGGAGAAGAGCGGUGAUGAGCACUCCGUGCUGCUGGGGUGGAACGCACGCGAGAGAUCUGCUGCCCCGUGGGCACAAUCGGGACUUGUCUCAUCUUCCACUGCGCCACGGAGGUUACUGUGCCAGCAGCCGCGGCCCUGGGAGACCUUCCAGUGGCACAAUUGUCCACCGAGCACCGUGUGACUGUCCGUGUAGUGCACUUCGCAAGUCAGAACGCCCUGAAAAGCUUUGCUGAGGGCAUCAGCUAACUGCCUGCCCUUUUACCAAUGCUGGUAGCUGAUGCACCUCUGCAGCCUGUUAAAAAAAACAAGACAGGCACAGGAAAAAACAGGAGCCCCUGUCGCAUCCAGCCUGUCUGCCAGGAGGGGUUCCCACUUCACCUGGCAGCUCACCUGAUAUAUCACAGCCACGUUCAGAGGGUGAUAGUCCAGAAAAGGACAGUGAAAAGAUGACAAUAGAUGGAGAAAAUUUACCGUUGAUUAGUGCGAAACUUAAUGGUCUGUGGUGCCUCUCCAGUAAAAGCCAUUCGGUGCAAUAGCAUCCGCUCAGUUUCAUUCAUUCCAAACGUGAGAUGUUAAGGACCGUAUUCUCCUCCCAUUUGCGCUGCCGUAAAGCCCAAACCCCUUGGCUGAUUUCAGAAGAGUUACACUCGGGAGGCAGGGGGGUAGCAGGAAGCAAUAGGCAAGCUUGCAAUAAGCUUUUGAUUCCUCUGAUCUUAGAGCCGUUAGGAGCAGCUGUCCUGCGUGGGCCAGGAGACAAAUGCAAUCUUACACAGCCUCUCGGAAAACAAACAGAAGUGAUUAGGUGUUUAAUUUUAUUUGCAGUCUAAUUUUGCUUAUUUUCUAAAAGGUCACAAUUUAAUCUGUGUGCACAAUAAAGGUCAUACUCAAGCACC